AUGUCAUUUUAUGAAUUUAUCUAUCUAUCUAUCUAUCUAUCUAUCUAUCUAUCUAUCUAUCUAGGGAAAGGGAAUUAUCUAUCUAUCUAUCUAUCUGUUUCUAUCUAUCUAGGUAGAGGAAGAAAUCUAUCUAUAGAAAGGGAACGAGGUAGAGGAAGAAAUCUAUCAUUUUCUUUCUGUUUCUUCCAGGUAGAGGAAGAAAUUUCAUUUCUUUCUAGCUUUUUAUUUGAAGGGAAAGGGAUCGAGGUAGAGGAAUCUAUCUAUCAUAUCUAUCUAUCUGUUUCUAUGAAGGAAAGGGAAAGGAAGAAAUCUAUCAUAUCUAUCUAUCCUAGAAAGGAAAGGGAAAGGUUUCUUUUCUUUCUUUCUUCUUGGAACGAGGUAGAGGAAAAAUAUCUAUCUAUCUAUAGCUGUUUCUAUGAAGGGAAAGGGAACGAAAGGGAAGAAAUGUACCAUAGUAGCUUUUUUAUUUCUUUUCCCAAACGUCAUUACCAUAGUAUCUAUCUAUCUAUCUAUCUAUCUAUCUUUUCUAUCUAUCUAUGUCAUAUCUAUCUAUCUAUCUAUCUAUCUAUCUAUCUAUUUCUCUUCUAUCUAUGUACUCUAAACUUUCUUUCUUUCUUUCUUUCUUUCUUUCUUUUUUUUACUUUUCGAGCUAGGAAAACGUCAUUAUCUAAGGAUCUAUCUAUCUAUCUAUAUAUCUAUCUAUCUAUCUAUCUAUCUAUCUAUCUAUCUAUCUAUCUAUCCUUUCUUUCUUUGAACCUUUCUUUCUUUUUUUCUUUCUUUCUUUCUUUUUCUUUCUAG